CCAAUUUCUAUUGCAGGUCCCAUCGCUGAUGCAGAAUCUGAAUUUAUAAACAAUGCCAGUUUGUACUGGGAAUGGGUCAGCAGUGAAUGUCAGGUGUGAGUUCAAAGAAGGUAUAGAGGGAGCCUCAUGUGUCCUGGUCUAUCGAGAGUAUGGUAACAAGACACUAGUGGUGGAGGAAUAUACUCAGAACACUGUCUUCCCUGUGACUCUGACUGUUGGUGGAGAUCUGGAGAAAUACACAUUGGCUAUAUUUGGAAAAGAUGGUUCCAUGGUCGAUCAAAGACCAAUUAUUGCAGGAAGAGUGGAUGUUACUGAGACAACUACACCAACUAUUACUGUAUCGGCAUCCUCUGAUGGAAGCACAUCACCAAUUGCUAUUGGAGUGUCAGCUACUGUAUCGUUUAUCAUAGUUACUCUUGUUGCAUCUUGGCUGUAGUUGUGCUGAUUUUGUGGAGGAAGUCACACAAAGGUGGUUACAGCUCCUCUGAUGUAGUUCCCAGUUACUUUUGUUCUCCUUCCCCGAGUGAAUGCAGUAAUGCUAGUGUAGCCAGCGGUUCUCAACUGAUAUCAGAUGAUGGUGGCACCAAACCUAAAAAGGAUGAACAUGCUGAAGGAGAAGCCAAACCUCCAUUUAGUGGGAAGACCUCGUACCAAAGACAGGACAGUGGCGUAAGUGUGAGCACUCCUCCAGUGAUGUCCAAACAAAAGGGGAUGUACACGGAUGUGAAACCCUCAACAUCAGGGGUGCAACCCCCUAUCCCAGAGGACACCAGAGUCCAGUACCAGGAGAUUGACACUAGAACUACUCAUAAAAUGGCCCGUUCUGCCUAUGCUGACUUGGGACCUCUUCCUACCAACAGGCCAAAAACCCCCAAGAUUGAGACCAAGACACAGGGCCCCUAUGUUGAUGUUCUACCUAUUGCCGCUACUCCUGUGACUGGCAAUGGCAAUAGAGGACCCCCCACAGUGGAGUCAAUGAUGUCACUGUUGUGGGGUGUGGCAGGUCGUUGGAAGGAGAUAGCAGAGGGUAUGGAGUUUGAUGAGGAUCUGAUUGAUGAGAUAGACACCAACAACGACAUGGAUGAGGGCUGUCUGCGGGUGUGUGUGGAGAUGUGGGUUUUCAAACUACAGCCAUCCUGGGAGAAACUAUCUCGUGCACUGAGAGAUCUUGGGGAAGAGGAACUGGCCCGUCAGGCCGGGAAUAAAGAGCCACAAGAGCAGUGGCAGGUACCGAGUAGGCAGACCAGUGACUCAAGCUCAAGUGGAAUCGUUGCUGAUGCCUCAUCUCAGUCCACUGACUUCAGUGGUGAGGUGGUACCUGGAGUUGAGAAGACGACAGCUCCUGAUGAUGGCAACAAUGAAGAUGGAAGCAGGGGAGGCAAGAAAUGUAUGCCGAUAUUGUUCAAGUGGCGAGCAAGAUGCCAGAUCUGUCUUUUUGGCUUACCCUGCUCUCCACGAGGAGGCUCCAACUGUCAGUGA